AUAGUCUUCUCUGACAAAUCAUCAAUAGCCAGGAACCUGUAACAGGCACACUUGAAUGCUCCCACCCACAGAAAUUUUACAGAAGUAAAAAGUUCCUUUUUCAUUUUACUGGCAAACACCAACGAGGCCUUGUUCAGUGCAGCUUUGCCUGACAGAGCUUCAGGCCUCCGAGCACAGCUAAGGUCACAACCUCCUGCUAUACUAUAAGAGCGAGGGAGACAUUUUUUGGGGUUGGUUAUCGUUGAGUGAGAGGAAAUUUUGAAACAUUGUGCAAUGGUGCCACAAAGGUUUUGAAAGGUUGUGAGAGCGUUUUUGCCAGCAAAGCGUCUGAGAGUCGGUUUGUUGGUGAAGAGGUCUCCAUGUUGCAUUCAUACAGAAUGGAGAGUUACCUCAUCCCUCCUCAUACAGAAGAGAUGUACGAGUCUGACAUCUACAGACAUCCAAUUACAGAAUAUUAUAAUCCAUAUGUAUUAGAUGCUGAUAUCCAGGCAGAUCACUGGGAUUACCAUUCACACCCCCAUGUGCAUCCUGUCGAGUUUGAAAGCCUCCCAGAGAGCAACUUCACAGAGCUGCAGAGCGUCCAAGCUCUCCAUCCGACGGGUCUCAUACGACAUGAUCCUCUGCGGUAUGAUGCAGAGAACCUGCUAGAUCCGAACCUAGCUGCACAUUCACAUGUGUUACAGCAACCAGUAGCUUUCUUUCCUCGCUCUGUAUAUCCACCACGUAUAUCCCAACGCAGCUCUGAUGAUGAGGAGCAUGGAGGAAGGAGUCCCCCACUCGAAGUGUCAGAUGAAGAGUGCUUGAGAGAUCGAGUAUCUUAUGUCACAUCAGCAGAGAUAGGUAACAAAAAGAAGAUCCGUCUGUACCAGUUCCUGUUGGACCUUCUAAGGAAUGGAGACAUGAAGGACAGUAUCUGGUGGGUGGACAGAGACAAGGGGACAUUUCAGUUUUCCUCUAAACACAAGGAGGCCCUUGCACACCGCUGGGGAAUCCAGAAGGGAAACCGGAAAAAAAUGACAUAUCAGAAGAUGGCUCGAGCCUUGCGCAAUUACGGCAAAACUGGGGAGGUGAAAAAAAUCAAGAAAAAGCUGACAUAUCAGUUCAGCGAUGAGGUGCUCGGAAAGGGUCAUCUGGAGAGAAAAUCUUACAUUUAGGCUGUAUAUAUAAUUUCUACCGUGUCUUUGGCUACACAGUUAUAUCUGUCAAUCUGAUAGAUACAGUAGCAUUAUAGAAAUAAAAGAUAUGAUACUGUACAGUACCAGAGUAUGGUAAAUAUUUUAGUCAGUGUGCUUUCAUGGUCUCCACUUAUCGUAUCAGAAAAGUUGGAAUCAAGUACAACUUAUAAAAACAAACAAGCUAUUAAAAAUAUUUUUUCCUCUUGUUUGAUGUAAACUUUUUAUUUCCUUUAUCUGCAUUUUAAUUUAAAAUGACCUCGUAGAUUUACCCAGAAGGGAUAGAGCGGUACUCUCUAAUGAAAGGGACAAAUGUGGCGUCCAUAACUGUUUCGUAUUUUAAUUCUCUAUCAGUCUGAAUGUGUUCAGACUGGAUGCAUUAACAUCAGCAGGCUCUGUUGUAGUAGCAGAAGGUUGUCAGUGCUCACAUUUUACCGGGCCUUGCCCAUUCUCUCCAUUGUGUUUGACAACUCUGUUGUUUUAAGUUCUCUUAGUUGUGUAAAUUUAUUAUGUUUAUGUAGCCUUUUUAUAUCAGGUUAGUAUUUAAACAGCCUGCAAAGGGAUAAUUAAGCAACAUACUCCGUGUUAAGGUAAUAUAUAUAUUUUGUGCCAUGUUAUAUACCAUAAAAUGUACAAUCUGUAUGGCUGAAAAUUGCUUGUAAAGAAUAAAUUCUCCAUUAAUGAU